AUGCUGCCUUACCAGGCGGUAGCUAUGGACUAUGCCGUUUCGUCCAGUUUUCAACGACACCAAGCCCCAAUUGGAUUAGGAGUCGGAGUCAACAUCAAUCCAGCAUUCACACACUCGUGGUUCGUACCGGAUCUGUGUGUACCCUACAAACCGAACCUCGAACCAGGCAUACUGGAAUUGAGGAAAGAAAAAAGCCGCGAUGCAGCCAGAUCCCGCAGAGGAAAAGAAAACUUCGAAUUCUACGAAUUAGCGAAAAUGUUACCCCUACCAGCCGCCAUUACCUCUCAAUUAGACAAAGCUAGUAUUAUACGAUUAACGAUAUCAUAUCUUAAAUUACGCGAUUUUUCCGGGCACGGUGAACCGCCAUGGAACAGGGAAGGACCACCCCCCAAUAAAGGACUCAAAGCUGGUAGAAGUAGAUCGUCAGCUGGUGUAGCUAUGGAUAUUUUCGAACAACAUCAAGGUACUCAUAUAUUACAGUCUCUUGAUGGUUUUGCCUUAGCUAUAGCUUCAGACGGAAGAUUUCUGUACAUUUCAGAGACUGUUUCAAUAUAUUUAGGACUUUCCCAGGUCGAAAUGACUGGUAGUAGUAUAUUUGACUAUAUCCACCACCAAGAUCACCAAGAGAUAGCCGAGCAGUUAGGUUUAGGCUUGUCCACGGGUCAAAACAUGGCAUCGCCCGGUUCAGGUUCCGAGGAAUCCACAUCGACGGCAGGAACAAAUAAUCCCGAUGUGGCAACGACAAUGUCCAUUGGUAAUAACCCGCCUUACAAGGGUUUAGAUAGGGCUUUUUGUGUUAGAAUGAAAUCGACCCUCACCAAAAGGGGUUGUCAUUUCAAAUCGUCAGGUUAUAGGGUUGUUUUAAUGUUAUGUAGACUUCGACCACAGUACACGUUCUCUCAUUCUCGUAAAACUCAGCCUCCGCUUUUGGGUAUGGUCGCGUUGGCUAUAGCAUUGCCUCCACCGAGCGUGCACGAGAUACGUUUAGAGUCCGAUAUGUUCGUAACUAGAAUAAAUUUCGACUUUAGAAUAGCGCACUGCGAGCCCAAAGUACUUGAUCUUUUGGAUUACACGGCCGAAGAGCUGACUGGGAGGAAUUUGUAUUCCCUGUGUCAUGGAGAGGAUGCUAAUAAGUUGAGAAAGUGUCAUAUAGACUUGAUAAAUAAGGGGCAGGUAUUGACGCAUUACUACAGGAUAAUGAAUAAGAAUGGAGGUUACACAUGGAUGCAAACGUGUGCCACGGUAGUGUGCAAUACUAAGAAUGCCGAUGAGCAGAAUAUCAUUUGCGUUAAUUAUGUCAUAAGUGGGCAGGAGUACGAGAACAUGGUGAUGGAUUGCUGUCAGAUGGAGGAGAACGCCCAUUUGGUGAAAAGGGAGGAGGCCAGCAGUAACGACCCGGAGAAUGGAUCUCCUGACGCGGAUCGUGGAGACGACCGUAACAGCGGGGGACCGCCCAACCCGCCUCAGGAUUCCACUCAGGACUUGGAGGACGCCGGCAGCAGCACCCAGCAAACCGACUCUGGAACAUCCAAGGAGAAUGGAACUAGGAGAUUCGACACCGCGCCCGUAGUCACGCAGCUGGAGAGGAAGCCGAUGUCGGCCAGAAGGGGCUCCAAAAGGAAAAACGCGUCCUCGGACGAGAACGAGGAAGAGGAGCAUACGUCGCCGCCGCAGAAAUCUUCGACGAGUCAAAUGAGCCCGGCGUCGUCCUGCCACUCGACAGGACCCGCCCCUCUUCAACCUGCGAGCCCCAAGAAACCGGAGGAGACUACCAGCGGAACAUCGGUGAAGGACUUGGAGAACGCCAUGUCGAAACACCUACCGACUAACUGUAAAUCGCCGACGCAUCAGCCGACCGACUUCAGCACCGAUGCUCUGUUAAAACAACAACAACGGACUACCAUACAGUGGAUAGGCGCGCAUCACCAACAACAAGGCCCUCUACCUGCAUCGGCUCUGCUAAGGCAGCUCUAUGCGAACAGAGAGAGCGUUAUCAGAGCCAACGUGCACGGCAUAACGAGUAGAUCGGGUACGUCAGCUCCAUCGGGUUACUACCCAUCGAGCAGUGAACCCCAAGUCGGCGUCGGGCCGCUACCCACGCCCCCCGGCAGCGAGAACUCCUCCACAUACAGCGACCAUCAGUUCUUGCUUUCGCAACACCAAAACUACCCGACCAGUUACUCCAUGGACUACCACACGGCCAUGACGCCUCCUUCGAGUGUGUCGCCUCGCGACAAGCACCAGCAGUUCCACGGAGCUGUCACCUUCGAAUCUCCCGUGCCAUAUCAAGACGUCCUGCGACACCAGUAUCCGGACAGUCCGCUGCCUCUCAAGCCGCAGGUUUAUUCCUACGUCGAUCAACCCCAGUUCUAUCAUCACGCAGCCGCCGGCGCCGCCGCCGCAGCCGCCGCCGGAGCUGGCUUCCACUUGUAUCACACCGCUAAAAAUGCCCCGACAGCUCCCUCCAAUUGGUACACAUCUUCAUAG